AUGUUGCUCGCUCAUGAUUACAACAGUAGGCGCUCUUCGGUAGCAUCAUCCCAGUCUCGAAACAUCCGUAGCACAGUACUGAAAAACAUGUUCAAAAAGAUAGCCCUCACGAGGUCAGCAAUGAAGAAGGUCGUGGUGGUAGGAUUUAUCAGCAUUCUGGGAAGCUUCCUGCUGUUGCUGUACUGGAACGACACGUCCGAGUCGCCCAAACCGUCGACAUCGAUGUCGAUGGGAAUCUACAAUACGCACAUCUACGGAAGUUUGGACAGCGCGACGACUAACGGUGAUAACAUUCGUGCCAGUGCCAUCCCUGUAAAUCCCAUCGAACGUUCGUGGACGUACAAAUGUGUGAACAAUCGAUGCGUGCGGCACCAUUUCGUAGACGGCGUUGAAGAGGAUUUCGAAACGAGCAACAACGCACACCAGCCCCAGUCGCCGCAGCAGUCACAUGGCGGUGUAGGACCCGGUGGUAGCAGCAGCACGAACUCUGGCAGCUCAUCCGGCAAACGGAUACCCCACCUUACCUGUACGAUGACCUGUGGACCAAUCAAUAUCUGGCCCCAACCGACCGGUGCCACAACGAUCGGUAGCAAAACGUCGCGCUUUCGGCUGUCGGACAUGCACGUCAAAAUCGUGACCCGGUUCGAACCGGUCGAAAAGCUGCUGCACGAGGCGUACGACGUGAUGCGGGCCGAGAUCCGUGGUGUGAUGGUAGCGCAUGGUGCCAGCCUGGAGGAGAUCGAAGGUGCCCUACCGGCCGGUUCCGUUCCCGCUGGAAUGCAACCACCGGCGACCGAGCAACGUCCGGUGGCAACGGAAGUGGACGAUGCUGCCACCGCUGGUAGACGACCGAGCAGUACGGUUGAUGCUGGGGUGGGAAAGAUUCAUUUCUUUAAGCUCGUGAGCGAUAAACGCUACGAUGUGGAUGCGUUCGAGGUGAACAUUCAUGUGGAGAAGUCAUCCGAUACGCAUUUGACGCUGCAUACGGACGAGAGCUACAAUAUGACAGUGACACAUUCCGCUAGGGUGUUGAUCGUGAAAAUAUCUGCAAACACAUUCUUCGGUGCGAAGCAUGGACUUACAACGUUACAGCAGUUGAUCUGGUUUGACGACGAAGAACGUACCCUGAAAGUAUUGAACAAGGCGUCCAUUGAGGAUGUGCCGAAAUUUAAUUACCGUGGCCUUAUGCUCGACACCUCCCGGCACUACUUUUCGGUGGACUCGAUCAAGCGUACGCUCGUCGGCAUGUCACACUCGAAGCUGAACCGCUUCCACUGGCACAUUACAGACUCGCAGAGCUUCCCGCUAGUCUCCAAACACUAUCCUCAACUAGCCCGGUACGGGGCAUACUCCGAGCGUGAAGUCUACACACCGGACGAUGUACGUACGCUGGCAGCGUUUGCGAAAGUUCGCGGCAUUCAGAUCAUCCCGGAGAUCGAUGCACCGGCCCACGCUGGCAAUGGUUGGGACUGGGGUCCCAAGCACGGUCUCGGUGAGCUCAGUCUGUGCAUCAACCAGCAACCCUGGAGCAACUACUGCGGUGAACCACCGUGUGGUCAGCUGAACCCGAAAAACAACAACACCUACCUAAUUCUGCAGAAACUGUACGAGGAGUUGCUGGAAAUUGUGGGUCCCCUCGAUUACUUCCACAUCGGAGGCGAUGAGGUAAACCUGGAGUGCUGGCAGCAACACUUUAACGACUCCGACAUGCGCACGCUGUGGUGUGAUUUUAUGCUUCAAGCGUACCAUCGGUUGCAGCUGGCCAGCGGUCAGAAUGCUACGGCUCCACGGAUGGUCGGUGUGUGGUCAAGCGGGCUCACCAGUGCGCCGUGCCUUUCGAAGAACACGUUCGCUGUGCAGGUAUGGGGUGGUAGCAAGUGGCCGGAAAAUUUCCAGCUCAUCAACAGCGGGUACAGCUUGGUCAUAUCGCAUGUAGACGCAUGGUAUCUGGAUUGUGGCUUUGGCAGCUGGCGUUCGACAGGGGAAGGCGCUUGUUCGCCGUACCGUAACUGGCAGACGGUGUACAAACAUCGUCCGUGGGAAGAGAUGAAGCUAACCUCGCUCCAGAUGCGCCAGAUACUGGGUGGAGAAGCGUGCCUGUGGACGGAACAGGUAGACGAAUCGAUAUUGGACUCACGCCUGUGGCCGCGUGCAUCCGCCCUUGCCGAACGCUUGUGGACUGACCCGACGGAGGAACGGUACAGUGAAUCGGUGCCGCUCGAGGUGUACAAUCGGAUGUCGGUGUUCCGGAACCAUCUGCUCGAGCUGGGACUGCGAGCGGAACCGAUCUUCCCGAAGUACUGCGCACAGAACCAGGACGAAUGUGUAUGA